AUGCCCAAGUUCCUCCGCCUCCUCGCCGUGCUGCUGCCCCUGGCCACCGCCGCCGGUCGGGUGAGCGCCAGUCCGCUGCCCGCCUUUGACCUCGACGCCAUCGCCGAGCUGCCCAGCCCGACGUCGAUCUCGCCCGACAUCGCAUCCAGCGUCAUCGACGUCGCGACGGCCAUCCAAGCCGCUCUGUACCCGAGCCUGCCCUCGGGCAACUACCUCGACACGUCCCUCUGGCCGGCGGGCAACUUCACCACCGAGACAUUCCAGUCGUUUGCGCCCUACGCCUCGGCCGCUGCCGGUGCGGCGGCGGCGGGCUACACCAAGGCCUACACGGGCCUGCGGAGCAUGCGCGGCGACAUGCCGGGAGUGCUGCGGAUCAGCACCUACGCCACCUACGACGCGGCCGCCCUGGGCGCAAAGUGCGACGCCAUGGCCAACUGCGCCGGCUUUGGCAUCUGGUACGAGCGCACGCCCAGCGUGGCGCCUACGCCCGCCAACCCCAACCCGCAGCCGGCGGUGUGGGUCAAGGUGCUCUUCUACGCCUACCCGCUCUCGCCCGCCGAGGCGACCAACGACGGCCAGUGGUCGCAGAGGUUUUGGCGCUCGCACGCCGGCGUGGCCUUUUUCAACCGCGACCGACUCGCCCUCAAGAGCGUGCCCGGCUUCAGUGGGCCGACGAUCCUCGCGGGCAAGAUCGACGUGGGCGACGCCGAGACGGCCGACAACGGCGGCGUGUCGCCGCUCAUGGUGACGGGCGAUCCGAUCAACGGCAUCCCGGACCCGACGGUGUGCAAGACGCUGUGCGAGGGGUAUACGGCCAGCUCCGACUACGUUGCCGACGUCAAGUCCAGCUGCAACAUGUUCAACAUCUUUCUGCUGGCCACCAACGGCCAGGCCACGGGCUACCAGUGCCAGUACUACUCUCGCAGCUACGGCGCCGACAAGGCGACCUAUACGGGCGGCACCGACUCCAGGGGGCGCAAGGUGAGCAUCAUCGGCAGCUGGUCGUACGCCGCCGACCCGCAGCUGGUGCCCUACGUGCGCAAGGAGACACCACCGCCACCGCCGCCGACGCCGCCCGCGGCCACGGAGCUGCGCGACUGCGGGCGCAAGCGCAUCGACAAGACGGCCGGGCCGUGCGCCCAGACCCAGGACUGGGCCGUCGACUUUAGCGACGACGACGAUACGACGGGCUACAUGGAAAAGUGGGAGUACGACCCCAGGCCCCAUCCGACCGGAGCAUGGGAGGCGGGCACGUUCAACGGCUGGAUCACGAUCAACGGCCCUGCGUUUGGCGGGUGCGAGCAGGUGGCGGGCACGUUUGACGCGGGCAUCGACCGAUCCUACCCGCCGCCACCGCUCGACGGCGCGCCGCACGUCCUAUCGUGCCGGGCGGGCACCUACCUCUUGUCGGCGGGAAGCUACAGCUACCGCCCCGUGGGCUUCAGCGCCGACCUUCUCUCCGCCGACUUCCUGCAGGACGGCCGCAUCCGCGCCUGGACCCACGACGGCGACGUGUCCGUCUUUGACGUCCGCCGCGGCCGCGAUGUCGCCUUCCCGUCGGACUGGCGCCGCGUCUAUGGCUUCCAGCUGCUCACCGAUAUGACUUUUACCAACUUCAAGAACCGGAGGUAUUUCAACGACUGGUCUGCAGAGUAG